AUGGUGGUCCCUGAUGUGGCCUCGGAUCCCUACGUGGGAAGUCCAUCGUUGAGUAGCGAAGGGCAGCGCAGCAACUAUCUUCGAUGGCACGUUCUGCCCCCUCCAUACGCCUUCAUGCUGUUCACACAGGAGAAGAGACGAUUGGUGACCGCCAAAAGCCCGAACGAAAACAACCUGCGCGUAAGCAGCCACGUACGCAAGGUGUGGCGUUCUCUCGACGCCGCCAACAAGGAGCGCAAGGUAGACGAAGCUACCGCCGUCCCCCGAAGGAAGUACCCCGACUACGCGUACAAUCCACUUGAUGGCCGGUGGCGCAAGCAGCAGGAGCGCGAACCCAAUGAGGUUACCAGCAAGCUCGAGAACGACAGUUACGGGGACCCAGAGCUGCAGCCGAGCACUUCCACGACCGCGGCCCCGGGUCGAAGCACCCCGGAGUGCCAGCAGCAACAACAUCCGCCGCCAUCGCUGCCGUCGCAAACGCACAAACUCCGUGCAACCCGUGCUGCCUGGGACAGCACUGUCAGCCUAGACUAA